AGCCAAAGAGCACACUGGAGGCUGAGAGGCAGCAUCUACCAGCCCGCUCCCCGCCUCCAGGACAGAGCCCCGGUCUGCAUGGGGGUGACAGGCAUGAGUAGGACUUUGCCAGAAGAAGGCUUUCCAGGUAUGAGAAAUAGCAUUUGCAAAGGCAUUGGGUGCAGAAGAGCCUGCCGUACUCUGGGGGUAGCUUUGGCUUAGGGUGAGGAACAGGAAGAUGGAUGCCAAGAGAUGAAAAAUGAAGGUAGACAUCAGAUCAAGAGGCCACAUGGAGUUUGGGGGUGACCAGAGGCAAGUGAAAUGUAGCAGGCUCACUCUGGGGUCAUUGAAAAUCCAGGUUGGAGGGGGACAUGGUUGCAGUGGUCCCACUGGAGGACUAAAGAGAUUUAAGACAGUGCAGUGAGUAGCAUCCCAGAGUCUGAAGUCAGCCAGACCUGCCUUUGGGUCGUGUGCUACUCUUAAUAGCUGCAUGACCUCAUACACGUUUCCUCAUCUGUGAGAGGAGAGCUGUGGCCAACUGGGCAUAGGAGUCUUGCUCUGUCGCCCAGGCUAGACUGCAAUGGCACCAUCUCGGCUCACUGCAACCUCCGCCUCCCGGGCUCAAGCCAUCCUCCCUAUCAAAACCUAACAAAGACAUUAUAAAGAAAAGAAAAUUAUACACCAAUAUCCCUCAUGGAUAUGCAUGUGAAAAUGCUGAAAAAAAGCCAAUCAGAUUCAACAACAUAUUAAAAGGGUACCCAUGGAUUUCCAUGCUGCAGCAAAGGGUCAGUGGAGGUUGCAGAGAUGCGAGAUGACUUAAGUCAACACCAGAUACAAGAGGAACAGGAGCGGGAGGCAGACAUGCCAGAGCAGAAGCCCCAACUCAAAGUGGACCUGGCUCCAGACCCAGACCCAGAACUGGAGAUCGGACAGGUGCCGGCUUUACUGGAGUCAGAGCUGUACCCAGCCCUCAAGCUUGAAACUGAGCUGGACACAAAAGCCAGCUGGAACGAGGAGUCUGACCUCGAAGAGCCCCUGCAGCUGGUGUGCCAGAUAGAGUCCGUCCACUCCAACAUGGCGCCGCCCACACCGCAGACCUUCAGACCAUGGAGUCUGAAUUCAAACUACGAGAGUUUCACGGAGGAGAACCACGUGUCCGCCUGCCGUCACUCCAUCAGUGCACAGACCUCCAAGCACCUCUUCUGGGCAAACAAGCUCAUCCAGGCCUCAGAGCACAGCCUGCAGCAGGCCAUCAACAUGCAGCUCAACAAUGGCAGCGCAGGCCAGCCCAUCAGUUCCCGGCUCCGGGAGGCCAUCCCCACUGACGCCCUGUGCUCCAAGGAGCAGCUCCAGAGCCCCGAUGCCUGCUCAGCUCCUCCGGCCACAAGCUUCCAGGAGCCAAGCCCCCUCCUGUCCUCAGAUCUCCCGCCACCCAUUGGCCUGGCAGAGCUAAUCACCUUUGCAUCUUCCCUGGCCAUGGCCUCCUCCAGCAGGACGGACAUGCCCAGUUUGGAACACAUGAUAAAAGCUCCACCUCAGGAGGCUCUGGAGCCUUCCACAGAGCCCCUCCUGAUCACUGCGGAGGAGCAAAAGCCAGAAAAGCACGCAGAGGCCCUACCAGAGAAACCACGUGAAGCCAGGGCACCCCUGAAAUCUUGGAGUCAGGAAGACAAGAACUUCACUCAAUCUUACUUUGACUUCAGCAAGCCAGGGAUCAAGAGGGCCACCAUCGAAGGGCAAAUGCAGCUUCUCCAGCCACCAGCCACGUCCCCUGUGCUGCAGGGAGGCAAGGAAGACUCAGUGCCACCAGGAAAAGAGAAACAGAAUCCGUUAUUGGUGAAAAUCCAUUUUAAGCUGUCAGCCCCCACAACCCCAGAGAAAUGACUAGACAGAACCAAUAAAGCCUCCAGUACUGGC